CCAGUCCCAAGGCCAGCAUGUCACUGCAGAGAAUCGUGCGUGUGUCCCUGGAGCAUCCCACCAGCGCCGUGUGUGUGGCUGGCGUGGAGACCCUCGUGGACAUUUAUGGGUCGGUACCUGAGGGCACAGAGAUGUUCGAGGUCUAUGGGACCCCCGGCGUGGACAUCUACAUCUCUCCUAGUGUGGAGAGGGGCCGGGAGCGCGCGGACACAAGGCGGUGGCACUUUGAUACAGGGUUGGAGAUCAUCGUGGUCAUGAACUCACCCAGCAACGACCUCAAUGACAGUCAUGUUCAGAUUUCCUACCACUCCAGCCAUGAGCCCCUGCCCCUGGCCUAUGCGGUGCUCUACCUCACCUGUGUUGACAUCGCUCUGGAUUGUGAUCUGAACUGUGAGGGCAGGCAGAAUAGGAGCUUUGUGGACAAGCGGGAUUGGGUCUGGGGGCCCGGUGGGUAUGGAGCCAUCCUGCUGGUGAACUGCGACAGGGACAAUCUGAACUGUCAUGACCAGGACAACCGAGACCAGCAGGUGCGCUGCCUGCAAGACCUGGAAGACAUGUCCGUCAUGGUCCUGAGGACCCAAGGCCCUGCUGCCCUCUUCGAUGACCACAGACUCAUCCUCCACACUUCCAGCUAUGAUGCCAAGUGGGCACGGGUCUUCCACGCCUGCGGUCCUGAAGACUCGUGCGAGGCCUACAGGCAUGUGCUAGGCCAGGACAAGGUGUCCUAUGAGGUGCCCCGCUUCCACGGGGAUGAGGAGCGCUUCUUUGUGGAGGGCCUCUCAUUCCCCGAUGCCAGGUUCACGGGGCUCAUCUCCUUCCACGUCACCCUGCUGGAUGACUCCAAUGAGGAUUUCUCCGAGUCCCCGAUCUUCACCGACACCGCGGUAUUCCGCGUGGCGCCCUGGAUUAUGACGCCCAGCACCCUGCCGCCGCUGGAGGUGUACGUGUGCCGUGUGAGGAACAACACGUGUUUCGUGGACGCGGUGGCGGAGCUGGCCAGGAAGGCCGGCUGCAAGCUGACCAUCUGCCCGCAGCACGAGAACCGCAAUGACCGCUGGAUCCAGGACGAGAUGGAGCUGGGCUAUGUUCAGGCACCACACAAGACCUUCCCGGUGGUCUUUGACUCCCCCAGGAACGGGGAGCUGCAGGACUUCCCUUACAAAAGAAUCCUGGGUCCAGAUUUCGGCUAUGUGACUCGGGAACCACUAGACAGCUCUGUGAGUGGCCUGGACUCCUUCGGGAACCUGGAGGUCAGCCCCCCAGUGGUGGCCAAUGGGAAAGAGUACCCCUUGGGGAGGAUCCUCAUCGGGGGAAACCUGCCUGGGUCCAGCGGCCGUCGGGUCACCCAGGUGGUGCGGGACUUCCUCUAUGCGCAGCGGGUACAGCCCCCCGUGGAGCUCUUUGUGGACUGGUUGGCCGUGGGCCACGUGGAUGAGUUUCUGAGCUUCGUCCCUGCCCCCGAUGAGAAGGGCUUCCGGAUGCUCCUGGCCAGCCCUAGCGCCUGCUUCAAGCUCUUCCAGGAAAAGCAGAAGUGGGGCCAUGGCGGGGCCCUCCUGUUCCAAGGGGUUGUUGGGGAUGAGCCAGUCAAGACCGUCUCCAUCAACCAGGUUCUCUCCAAUGCAAACCUUAUCAGCUUCAAUAAGUUCGUGCAGAGCUGCAUCGACUGGAACCGGGAGGUACUGAAGCGGGAGCUGGGCCUGACAGAGCGGGACAUCAUCGACAUCCCCCAGCUCUUCAAGACCGAGAGGAGAAAGGCGGUGGCCUUCUUCCCUGACUUGGUGAACAUGCUGGUGCUGGGCAAGCACCUGGGCAUCCCCAAGCCCUUCGGACCCAUCAUCAACGGCCACUGCUGCCUGGAGGAGAAGGUACGCACCCUGCUCGAGCCGCUGGGCCUGCAUUGCACCUUCAUCGACGACUUCACCCCGUACCACAUGCUGCACGGGGAGGUCCACUGUGGCACCAACGUGCGCCGGCAGCCCUUCUCCUUCAAGUGGUGGAAUAUGGUGCCCUGAGCCGAUCCCCCGCACCCCUAUCCUCUGCCCCUGGGGCAGGACAUCAGCCGGCCCUGAACAAAAAGCAUCAAGAGACCCCAGUGUUCCAGAUAGCACCCUGAGGGUGA